UCUCCGGAUCGCUGUGGAUCUACUGGAUCAUAUGAAGUGCUGGGAGUCGGAGUCCUCCCUCUGCACGGCGUUACUGGGGGUACAUAGGCUGCCACCCCGUCUCCCCCAUACCCAGGAUCGGGGGGCAGGGAAUCUCCGCAGGGCGAGACCCCCGAGUGGCCGGAAUAUACGGGAUCCAGACGCGGAUUGUUCGUGGAGCGAUCGUUCCCCGGCUCGUGGAGCCUGAGCGGGGCACUGUGGCUGCGCUGGCCGCCUGACUCGCACUGUCCCCGGGCAGGGGCAGACAGAACGCCCCGCUGAGGGCUCCGAGCCCCUCUCACUGGAUGACUGAUGCGGCAGCGGAGCUGAAGGAUGGAGAUCUUCUGGCUUUUCUUACUGCCCCUCAUCCCCAGACACAGCAGGGGGCAAGGAGUGUACGCUCCGGCUCAGGCUCAGAUAAUCCAUGCCGGGCAGGCCUGCGUGGUGAAAGAAGACAACAUCAGUGAGCGCGUGUACACCAUCCGAGAGGGAGACACCAUGGUGCUCCAGUGUCUGGUGACGGGGCACCCUCGGCCUCAGGUGAGAUGGACCAAAACAGCCGGCAGCGCCUCAGAAAAGUUCCAGGAGACGUCCAUUUACAACGAGACCCUGCGCAUCGAGAAGGUCCAGAGGAUGCAGGGAGGUCGAUACUAUUGUAAAGCCGAGAACGGGGUUGGUGUCCCGGCCAUCAAGUCCAUUCGAGUAGAUGUGCAGUAUUUAGAUGAGCCGAUUCUCACCGUACAUCAGACCAUCAGUGACGUGCGAGGAAGCUUCUAUCAGGAGAAGACCGUCUUCCUGCGAUGCACCGUCAGCUCCAACCCGCCGGCUCGCUUCAUCUGGAAACGAGGCACCGGGACCCUCUCUCACAAUCAGGACAAUGGAGUGGAUAUCUACGAGCCUCUCUACACACAGGGUGAAACCAAAGUAUUGAAACUGAAGAAUUUAAGACCUCAGGACUACGCCAAUUACACGUGUCAGGUGUCGGUGCGGAACGUGUGUGGGAUCCCCGACAAAUCCAUCACCUUCCGUCUCACUAACAGGACAGCUCCUCCGUCGAUAAAGUUGUCGGUCAACGAAACGCUGGUGGUGAACCCCGGAGAUAAUGUGACCAUGCAGUGCUCGGCCACGGGAGGCGAUCCGGCCCCACAGGUGGCCUGGUCUCAUUCCCCGAACCCCAUGCCGCCAAACAGCCUCAGCCGAGGCGGCAACCUCACCAUCUGGAGGAUCCGGCCGGAGGACUCGGGCUAUUAUAACUGUACGGCCAUCAACAACGUCGGGAACCCUGCCAAGAAAACCGUCAACCUGCUAGUGAGAUCCAUGAAAAAUGCUACAUUUCAGAUCACUCCGGACGUCAUAAAGGAAAGCGAGACCAUCCAGCUGGGGCAGGAUCUGAAGCUUUCAUGCCACGUCGACGCCGUCCCCCAAGAGAAGGUCGUCUACUCCUGGUACAAGAAUCAGAGGAAUGCCAUGGCGUCUAGAAACCUCAUCAUCACCAAAAACGACCCCGAGCUCCCGCCGGUCACCAGCAGCUUGGAGAUCAUUGAGUUGCGUUUCAGUGACUAUGGUACCUACAUGUGUGUGGCUUCCUUGCCAGGGCUCUCCACCCCGCAACUGAGCGUUGAGGUCAAUAUCUCUGCCGAGACAGUUCCACCAACACUGAGCGUACCCAAAGGACAAUCAAUCAUUACCGUACGAGAGGGCUCCAGAGCAGAGCUACAGUGCGAGGUCCGAGGGAAGCCAAAGCCACCCGUCCUCUGGACCCGCGUCGACAAGGAGGGACCCUUGCCAUCUGGAGACAUGGUGGUGGAAACAUACGACGGAAAGCUGAGGCUGGAGAACGUCACUCGAGACAUGAGCGGAACGUACAAGUGUCAGACGGCGAGGUACAACGGCUUCAACAUCCGCUCACGAGAGGCCUUGGUCCAGCUGAACGUCCAAUUCCCUCCGGUGGUGGAACCAAAGUUUCAGGACAUUCGCCAGGCCAUGUGGAGCGCUUUCACCAUGAGGUGCAACAUGCUGAAGGGGAGCCCGGUGAAGGUGGCGACGGCGGUGUGGCGGUUUAAUCGCAGUCUGAUGAGCGUGCCGCCGCUGGAGCAGCAGGAAUACUCCGAGCUGAAGAUAAACAGCUUGAAGCGCGAGACCAGCGGGACCUACGAGUGCAGCAUCUCCAACGACGUGGGCUCCGACGCGUGCAUCUUUCAGGUGACUGGAAAGGCUUACAGCCCGGAGUUUUAUUUCGACACCCCCAACCCCAUCAAAAGCUACAAGCCAUCCAAGAACUACUCCUACCUAAUCCAGUGGACUCAGAAGGAGCCCGGCGCCGUGGACCCCGUAACGCACUACAAGGUGGAGGUCCGCCAGCUCAAUUUGCGCGUCGCCAGCAGUAAGACCAUCGCGGCCCAAGGGUCGCAGAAGGGGCUUCUUCAGGAGCAUCUCAUCACCGACCUCAAGAUACCCCAAAGUUAUGAAGUUCAGCUCACUCCCAUCACCACCUUCGGAGCCGGAGACUCGGCCUCGCGGAUCAUCCGAUACACAGAACCUAUUAACUACCCCAAUCCGUCCGAUAACACGUGCCGCUUCGAGGAUGACAAGAUGUGCGGCUUCGUCCAGGACAGGAUGGACAACUUCGACUGGACCCGUCAGAAUGUACUGACCCAGAAUCCAAAGAGAACAGUGAACACGGGACCAGCCAUGGACCGGAGUCAGACCCCAGAAGGAUAUUAUAUGUUUAUCGAAGCUUCUCGGCCGCGUGUUCCGGGAGACAAAGCAAGACUCAUCAGUCCUCUGUACAAUGUAACAACCAAGUCUCCGUAUAGGAAGUCUCCAUACUGCGUGUCGUUCUACUACCACAUGUACGGGAAGCAUAUCGGCUUACUGAACUUGCUGGUCCGGGUGAGGAACGUGGGCAUCGUGGACACCAAGGUGUGGUCGCUCAGCGGAGACCGGGGCAACAAGUGGCAGCAAGCGAAUGUUCCCAUCGACCCGUCAGGGCCCUUCCAGGUGGUGUUCGAAGGUGUGAGAGGCCCAGGCGUGGAGGGUGACAUCGCCAUCGAUGACAUCACUGUGAAAAAGGGGGACUGUCCGCGGAGGCAAAUAUUUCCAACUAAAGAAGUGGUGCGUCCCGGUAACGCUGCCUCGGGACCUCACAGCGGAUCCCGUUACUGGCCGAUGUCUUUCCUCCUCUUUGUGCUGCUGAGAUGAUACCAAGCUGCUGCUGGUGGAUCUUACUAGAUAAGGCUCCCCUACCUUGCUCCCUUUCCUCCUCUUCCCUCCCACCUUCCGCGCCGACACACCAAAGUGUCCAGAAGUUACCAAAGACCGACAAGCAUGACUGAACGAAGGGCCAAAAACAGACUAGGAGGCUCCUUCUGAGAAGGUCAUCGCGUCUAAAGGGGAGAGACAACGCAAGGACGGGAAUGAAAAAAAGCAAGAAAGGAAAACGGCAGAACGAGAGAGGAAGACGAGGGGGAAAUGUUAAUGUGUACAAACCGGAAAAAAAAAAAAAAGACUUAACGACCACUUGGGACACGUGGCAAAAAGAAAAAAAAAAAGAUAAACAGUAAAAGAACAGACUCUGAUUAAACAUAAGCACAAAUUUCUAUUUGAACUGUACUCUGGCGAUCGUGGCUGGGAGAAUGUCCGUCUGCUCUGGAGAUGCUCGGAGCGGACAUCAUACGGUAGAAGUCCCAGCUUCUAUAUCUUGAUUUCCUAAGUAGAUCCCUUGUGUGCUGCUGAAUCAUAAACAUUCAUAUAUACGCUCA